AUGGUGCUACUCCUCAUCUCCAUCCGAUGCGAGCUAGAGAAUCUAACCAACCUGCGGCCCGGGUCAGAUGACUUCACAUACUACAUGAAACUCAGAUGUUCCUGCGGGGAAGUGAGUGAGAAAGAGUCGUCGGUGACUAAAGGGGAGGAGUACGAGAUGAAGGGCAGCCGAGGCACUGCCAAUCUCGUUCAGAAGUGUAAUUUCUGCAGCCGCGUGGGCUCUAUUUCAUUGGUAGAAGGGCAUGGUAAACCGUUUACGGCAGAAGAUUGUGAGAACAGGAAGUUCGUCCCUCUAGUAUGCCUGGACUGCAGAGGAAUGGAGCCGGUGGAAUACAUUCCCAAGGACGGCUGGCAGGCGGAGGGGGCCGAGUCUGGUACCAAGUUUGAAGACAUUGACUUGAGCGAUCAAGAGUUUUCAGAUUAUGACGAGAAGGCAGGAGAGUCGUCCGCCGCAAUCACCGGCGCAAUGGACCCGCUGCGGGAGGGGUUUGAUUGGCUGAUGCACGAGCUCGGCGGAGCGGAAGCGGACGAGUUUGCGCCGGGGGGAGGAGACGCCGCAGGCGCGGGGAGCGCUGCGCCGAUGGACGGAAGCAUCGAGGCGUCGCUGGAGGAGUCCGGGUUCGCGGAGCUGCUGACGUGGCUGCGCGAGAACGGCGCGGAAGGAGACGCGCUGACCGGAAAAAACCUCAAGGUUCUUCCCGCAGCUGCUAGCAGCAGCGCCCAUAUGCGCGGGGCAGCUGCUGCUGCGCCUGCCGGUUCCGCUGCUGCUCAAUUCCUCGCGCUGCUCCGCGCCCUCCCCCCGCCUCCCCCUUCCCCCGCGCCUCCCCCUCUCCCCCGAAGGCGACCUUGCCGCCUGCCUGCUGCUGCUGCAGCAACAGGGGGAGGGGGGCGAGCCGGAAAAGGGAGUGGCGGAGGGAGAGGGGGAAGCUGCGGGGGAGGGGGAGGGGGAGGGGAAGAGCGCGGGGGAAAGCGAGGGGGCGCGGGUGGCGCCUGCUCUGCUGCCGGCGAUGCUCGCGUCCCGCACGGCCCACCUGCUGCCCAUGCUCAGAAACGACCUCCCCCACCUGCCCCUCCUCCACCAGUCUGUUGUAUCUCCUUCCUCCCUCUCGCCCUCCCACUUCCACUUCUCUCUUUUCCUUCGACUACUCUGCUUCGCCCUCCCUGCUUCGCCCUCCCUGCUUCGCCCUCCCUGCUUCGCCCUCCCUGCUUCGCCCUCCCUGCUUCUCCCUCCCUGCUUCGGCCUUCCCCUCUUGCCCUCUCUGCAUCGCCCUGCCCGCUUCUUUCUGCCCCUUUCGCCCUCUCUGCGUCUUCCUGCCGCUUGUCUUGCCAGGCAUUGGCCCAGAGGCAGCAGUACGAGCAGGAGUAUGCCAACUGGACCGCCACCAUCACCGCCAUUAGCAGCAGCAGCGCCGUGUCGCUGCCGUCGCUGCAGCAGUUUCUGGCGACGGUGGCGGCCGUGAGGGCGCUGGCUCUGCCCAUGCGCCUGCCGCCUUCUCAGGAUGACCAUGGGGAGGGGGAGGAGCAGGGGGGGGGCAGGGGGAAGAAGGGCGGGAAGAAGGGCGGAAGGAGGGGAGGGAAGGGGCGGAAGAAGCAGAAGCAGCGGCGGUUUGAGCUGACGGUGGUGCCUCUCGUGAAUGCUGUUGCGCGCGCGAAUGAGAGGAACCAAGGGAACGUGCGAUGGGAGGUGAGAGGCUGUCUGAACACUGGCAAGCUGCAAUGGCAGGCUGGGUGGGUGGUGUGCUCACCCAUCGGGGUUCCACCUGAGGGUGUCCGCCUUCCCUUCUCCCUUAUAUUCCCUUUAUCCCCACCCUCCCCCGCUCUCUCCCCUCCCCCCCAGCUGACCCACUCGGGGUUCCACCUGAGGGCGUCAGAAGCCAUUCCCACCGGGGCUGCUCUCGUGCUGCCUCUCAACGGCGGCCUGCCCGACCCGCUGCAAGCAGCAGCAACACAUGCAGGGGCGCAGGGGACAGCAGCAGAUUGGGAGAGCGAGGAGGAGGAUGGGGAGGGAGGAGUGCACUUGACAUCAUUGGGGGAGGUGGAGGAAGCUGACAGCCACGUGUCGCCGGCCACGCUGCUAUCGAACGACGAUGCUUUCCUCUCCCUCGGGAUCAUCUCCGCCUGCUCCUCCUUCGACCGCGUCCAGGUCGGUACUGAGCGGUGCAGGCCGGUACUGAGCGGUCGAGGUAGGUUUGGAGUGGUGCAGCUCUACCCCUCGUACGAUGCCCUCACUCAGAGCGUCCUCACAGCAGCGCACGUGAACCCCGACUUCAAGCCAUCCGCCUUCAUGCAACUGGCUGAUCGCGUGCGCACAGCACUGCUCAAGGAGCUGUACCCCUCGUACGAUGCACUCACCCAGAGCGUCCUCAGUGCAGCGCACGUGAACCCCGACUUCAAGCCAUCCGCCUUCAUUAAGCUGGCUGACCGCGUGCGCACAGCGCUGCUCAAGGAGCUCUACCCCUCGUACGAUGCACUCACCCAGAGCGUCCUCAGUGCAGCGCACGUGAACCCCGACUUCAAGCCAUCCGCCUUCAUGAAGCUGGCUGACCGCGUGCGCACAGCGCUGCUCAAGGAGGUGCGCGGGGUGAAGCAGUCUGUGCUGUCCACCCUCGUGCGGGAAAAGCUGCUCGGUGCCGCUGUGAAGGCCGAGAGCGGCCGCGGCGCGGGAGGGAGAGGCGGAAGCAGGGAGAGAGGAGGAGGGGUGAAGGGAGGAGGGAAGGGGGUGGUGGGUGGAAAGGGAGAGGGGGCUGGGAAGGAGGAGGAGGGGUGUGGAGGGGGCGUGGUGGAUCAGCUGUUGUUCUGGGAGAGGCGUCGGGCCAUGCGGCAGCGGUACCGGCAGCGACAGAGGAAGCGAGCUGCUACCCUGCUGGCUGAACUUGAAGCGGAGAGAGCAGAGAGAGACGAGGGCGGGGGAACGGGCAAGAGCAAGAAGGGCAAGAAAGGGAGGAAGGGGAGGAAGGGGAGAGGAGAUGAUGAUGAGGAUGAGGAGUGGGGGGAGGACGAGGAGGAUGAGGUGGAGGGGUUGUAUGUGUAUUCGGGUGGCAGGAUGGAUCCUGAGCUGGUGGCGUACUUCAGUGCUGUUGUGCUGCUGGCAGCCACGGGCCAAAUGCCUGACGUCAUCUCCUUAGCACGUGUGAGCGUGGCAUACGCAUGGAAUCUGGACGGCAUCACCACAUGCACGUACAUGCCACCGCUCUCCGACCCCUCCCACCAACCCCGACCUCCACAUUCCCUCGCGACCCCACCAACCCCUUCCCCCGUCAUGCCGGACGUCAUCUCCUUGGCGCGUGUGAGCGUGGCAUACGCAUGGAACCUCGACAGCGUCACCACAUGCACGUUCAUGCCACCGCUCUCCGACCCAUCCCACCCGCUCUACAUGCACGUCCCUCCCGACCCCACCAACCCCUCCGCCUCCCCGCCGUCACCCGGUAACCACCCGGUGGUAACCGCGCUGUCGCUCGCCCUGGACGUGACUGCCAGCAGCCUGCAGCGGCCGCUAUCGGAUCUCAUGACUGCAAUGAUUGCGCUGGAUGAGAUUGGGCGGCGACUGAUAGAGACGGAGCCCAUCUGCCACAUGGCACAGCACUCGGAGAUCCUCUCAGAGACCUUGGAUAAGGUGUGCACGCCGGCUUUCUUUGCGGGGGCAGCAGCAGUGAAGCCCGUGGUGUGCACACCAGCUUUCUUCGCAGAGGCAGCAGAAGUCAAGCCAGUGGUCUGCACACCAGCUUUCUUCGCGGAAGCAGCAGCAAUGAAGCCCGUGGUGUGCACGCCGGCUUUCUUCGCAGAAGCAGCAGCAGUGAAGCCCGUGGUGGCGUUCCGAGCCAGCAAGCGGGACAUCCUCGCUCGCCUCUCUGCGCGCCUCAAAGACUCCUGCUCCGUCCAAUACCCCCACGAGGCCCAGGCCGCUGCCACCGCCACCACCGCCGCUGCCGCCCUAGGCAGUGGCACAGCAGCGGCGGGAGGAGUGGGUGAGGGAGGGGAGGUGGGGGCGGGGAAGGGAGGGGAGAGAGGGGAGUGGAGUGAGCUGGCGAGGGAGGCGAUGGAGGAUUUGGAUGAUGAGGAGCGGCUGGAGGAGUUUGUGCAGUGGAUUCGCGAGAACGGCAUCCCUGACUUUGCUGCUCCAGGAUCCAUCUUCCAGGGUCACCGACUUUGCCAACACCUUUUCCUAUUUUCCGCUCCCACCCAUCGCCCCAUCGCCCAUUGCCCCAUUGCCCCUUUCCAAACCGUGCAGCUGGUGUAUCGCAGCUCCAAGCCAUGUAAGGCCCCUCCCAAAAUGAGGCCCCUCCCACCGCCCCAUCGCCCUAUUGCCCCUUCCCCUUCACCCCAUGCAGCUAGUUUGGUGUAUCGCAACUCAAAGCCAUCUGGUGCAAAGGCUGUUGCAGACACCUGGUUGAAGCCCAGGCGGCAACUGACAGUGUAUGCGGGGCAAGCGUGCAAGCAGGAGAGGGAGCCCAUGCUCUCCAUCCCAUCCCUCUCCCAUGCUUUAAUGCGCCUCACCUACCCACCCUACCUUUCCACCACCUCCCCUCCCGCCAGGCGCCAACUGACAGUGUAUGCGGGGCAGGCGCGCAAGCAGGCAGGGGAGCACAUGAUGACCAUCCCACGGGCGCUCUUCCUGGCCACAGACAAGAUGCUGCAGGACGGAGUGCCUUACCAGGGGCCUGUCUGGUCCACCGGCAUGGCGGCUGCGUGGCUGUGCCGUGAGAUGGUGAAGGGCAGGGAGUCCUUCUGGUGGCCGUACCUGCAGUUCCUGCCUCCCUCGGUCGGUCUCCCCUUCUUUUUCAAGCCGGAAACGCUAAUGGAGCUUGACUCACCUGCUUUUGUACAGAAGAUAUCAACCCAUCUGAACAACUACCGGUCGGAGUACAACCGCAUUGCACCGCACUUACGCGCCAACACGACCUUCUUCGAGUUCAUGUGGGGCGUCUCUAUCAUCAACUCUCGUGCUUUCGGAGACCAGACGCGCGGUAACAGCGUAACCGUCACGGUGGACGGAAAGGAGCAGGAGGUGCCUCUGGCGAGCGGCCCACUAGCGCUCGUGCCGAUCGCGGAGCUGCUGGACCAUGAAGACAUGUUUCAGGCUCAGUACGAUAUUGGAGUGGCACAGUUUGAGUUCAUAGCUUUGAUGCCAUUCACCAAAGGCGCCGAGCUGUUCACGUCGUACGGACCCAAGGUGAACGAGGAGCUGCUGCUGGGCUAUGGCUUCGUGCUGGAGGGCAACAAGCAGGAGAACGUGCUGCUCUUCCGCACGCUGCUCGAUGCAGUGAACCUGGUCGCCCUCGUCCUGCACCGCGACGCCGCCCGCCCCGGCGAGUGGGUGGCAGGCCCGGGCGGCUUGGGUGGAACCGCCGGGGCGGCAGGGGCGGUUGGGGCGGCCGGGAAGGGCGGCAAGAAAGGGGAGGGUGGGGGAGUGAGUGAGUGCCAGGAGGGAGAGGGAGAGGAGGAGGAAGGGGGAAAGAAACAGACCUGUGCAGCUAAGUAUGGGGAUGGGGCUGUGGAGGGUGGUGGUGCGGCUGCGAGUGCAACGGCAGGCAGCAAAGGGGAUAGGGAGCUGAAGCAGGGCUUGGCGCGCAUUUGGGCAGGAGGACUGGGUGACUGGCUUGUGCAUGAGGGCGCUGAUGGUGAUAAGGAUGGUGAUGCUGAUGAUGAUGAUGAUGAUGAUGAUGAUGAUGGUUAUGGUUUUCAUGAUGAUUACGAGGAGGAUGAGGACGAGGAGGAGGAGGAAGAAGAAGCAAGGGAGGAGGCCCUCUGGCGCGUAGCAGCCAAGGCGGUAGAAGCAAUUGCCAGGGAGCGCGCAGAGGCAGAGAAGCAGUUUGUGCACGUGGGGGCGAUGCCGCAGUACCUGGCGCGGCAGGAGAUCAGGAGGGAGAGCGAGGCGGACGAGGUGAAUGGCGGAGUGGAGGUGCUGGCAGGGAAGUACAAGGACCCCAGCUUUGGCGUGUCGGUGUGGAGAGGAGGGCUUGUGGAGCCGAACCUCAUGGCUGUGUUCGCUGCUGUUUGCACUCACUUGGACCUGGCCAAGUCAGUGCUCUACCUGGGGUCGGGAAUGGACAACAGCGGGCGUCCGUCCCUUCUCCUCUUCCAUACUUUCCCCAUUCACACAUCUCCUCUUCCUCGCUCUCCGUCCCUCCACCAGAGCCCCCGGCUGACAUGGCCAAAGCCCCCGGCCGACAUGGCCAAGUCAGUGCUGUACCUGGGCUGGGGCGUGAGCAACAGCGGCCGUUGGGACAUGUAUCGUCAUAAUUCAACCGCCUGCCCCGUUCCUUCUCCUCCCCUCUCCUUCCUCUCCUCCCUCCAGAGCCCCCGGCUGACAUGGCCAAGCGGGUGCUGUACCUGGGCUGGGCGGUGUGCAACAGUGGCUGUUAGCGCGCACAUGCUGAUAGAUAGCCCAGUCACAUUUUCACUCCUUCCCCUAUACGUUCUCUCCCUCCCUCCACCAGAGCCCCCGGCCGACAUGGCCAAGGCAGUGCUAUACCUGGGCUGGGGCGUGAGCAACAGUGGGUGUCGCGACGUGGCCUCUCCCUUCUCCAACGUGCUGCCCGCCUUGCAAGCAGCGGCCGACACCGUUCGUCUGCUAGCGCAGGCGCGGCUGCAGAAGAUGCCGACCAGCAUAGAAGAGGACGAAGCGAUCCUGAGGGAGCUGGAACGGUGCAAGAGCGGCGGGAAGGCGGGGGCGGGUGGUGGGGAGGGGGUGAAGGGCGGAAAACUGGGGAAGGAAGGAAAGAAGAAGCCAGCACAGAGCAAGCAGCAGCAGAAGGCAAAGCUGACGAGCCUGGAAGAGGAAGUUUCUGCGAAGCGACUCAGCCGGCGCCGGCGCCGGCGUGCUGUUAGCGAGGGGAGGAUCAGCGGUGACUACAGCGAUGAUGACAACAGCGAGAGUGACAACAGCGAGGAGGAGGAGGGGAUGGAUGCUGAUUUCAAGAGCAGGAGCGAGGAAGAGGAGGUGUUAGACUGUGAUGCGUGGCAGCGAGAGCAGGCCAGCGGGGAGAGCGAGGAGGAAGGCAGUGGGUCGGAGAGUGGGAACAGCGGCGGCGGUAGUAAUGGGGGUGCAAAGAGGCUGACUGUGAUGGGGGUGCGGUGUGGGUGUGAGGCGCUGAGGGCGGAGGCGGAUGAGCGGAUGGUGGCGGUGCGGUUCCGGAAGACCAAGAAGGCGGUGCUGAAAGAGGUGAUAGACCGGCUCAAGAAGGCCUGCCCUGCCUCCGCCACUGCUUUCCUCUAG